CCACAGCCUGUAUCCCCCAUCUUCUGCCUUCUUAUGACAGGUGUGGUCUCUUGGCACAGGUGUGGGCUCCAUGAGCUGCUAUGAGCAGGUGCUGCAUCACAUCCGCUACCGCAACUGGCAUCCAGCUUCCCUGGAGUCCCGACGGUUUAGAAUCAAGUGCUCAGAACUCAAUGGACGUUAUACUAGCAAUGAGUUCAACCUCGAGGUCAGCAUCCUCCAUGAGGUCAGAAUGUCAGACAAGGAGCACGUCAGCCACCUUAUUGUGCAGCCUCCCUUCCUACAGUCUGUCCACCACCCCGAGUCCCGGAGUAGCAUCCAGCGCAGUUCAGUGGUCCCAAGCAUCGCCACAGUGGUCAUCAUCAUCUCCGUGUGCAUGCUGGUGUUUGUCGUGGCCAUGGGCGUGUACCGGGUCCGGAUCGCUCACCAGCACUUCACCCAGGAGACUGAGGCUGCCAAGGAGGCGGAGAUGGACUGGGACGACUCUGCGCUCACUAUCACAGUCAACCCCAUGGAGAAACAUGAAGAACCAGGGCAUGGAGAAGAAGAGACUGAGGAGGAAGAGGAGGAAGAAGUAGAGGAAGACGUGAGCUCCAGCAGCAGUGACUCAGAGGACAGCGAAGAGGAAGAGGAGGAGGAAGGGAUGGGCAGGGGCAGACAUGGGCAGAGUGGAGCCAGGCAAGCCCAGCUGGAGUGGGACGACUCUGCCCUUCCCUACUAGCGCCCGGCUGUCUGCGCCCACCCACGUGUCCCUUUUGUAAGCCUCACCCCAGUGUACACCUAAGUCUAUCACAUGUCGCCUCUGAUUUCUAGGACAGGUCUGGGCAGGCCCUCCCCAGUGUCCUGGAAGCCACCCGUUAUGCCUUGGGCACUCCCUAUGUCCCAGCCCCAGGGUAGUUCCAAGAAGCCCAGGGUCAUUAGUGGAGACUUCAAGGUGGACUUUGUCCUGUAGCCCUCACUUUUCCUGCCCUGGGCUCACCCAGCAUCCUGCCGGCCAAUCUGCAGAGUUCUGCCAUUGCUUUUCUCUGCAGGGAAGAAAGUAAGCCUUUAGGUCACUCACCUCCCCCGGGUUCCCCAUGGCCAGGGACCUUGGGUUCCAGCUCACUGUGCGUGUACCUGACCCAGUCUCCUCUUCCACACAGACCAGCAGGUUCUCUUUACCUGACUCUUCAGGUGGCUUCACACAGGCAAGGUGGUCAGACUUCACACAGAAGAGGUCUCAGUCCUUAACACUUUAAAGGAAAAUCCUUGUUGAGGCAAAAUUAAAUGUAUAGGGAAAGGUUCACACAUAGGCAGGUGCACACCCACAUGCAUACAUACACCCUCCCCAGUUUGGAGAACCUUUCCCCUUUAUCCUUUUGGAGGCCACAUAAAGCUUAGAUGAAAAGUCCAAAACCAAGAAUAGGUCCUUGACCACAGCAGGGCCUGAACCCCAGCCAAAGCUAUCUGCAAACCUACCUGCCUUGGUGCCCUGCUGGGGGCUGCCACCACAGGACAUUGCAGAAACCAGGGAGCACGCCAUAGAGGCACUGCCCCAGGCGACAGCAUGACAAGCCUGCAGCCAGGGACCAGAAGGAAAGGCUGAUGAGAUGAGCAGCUAGGCGUCAUGGUGGGCACAGAUCUGGGGGACAGGGGUGAAUGGCGUCUCCUGAGCCAGAGGUUAAGAAGGCUCUCAGCAUCUAGUCUUAGGGUCCCUCAUCACCCGUCUCACACUGUUUUUCCUCUUAAAAAAAUAUACUCCUCUUGGAUGUAUUAGGACAAGCAUGAACUGA